UUCCUCCUAAACCCCUAAACCCAACAGCUGCGUUAACUUUCUUUUUCAACGAUAAACACCUAAACCCUAACCAAUAACUGAAAGGCUCAAACAGAGUGGAGUUCCCAGAAUCAGAAACCGCGAUCGAGAAUAAGAAGCAGAAAUGGGGAAGCUUCCACCUUCAAUGAGGUCAUCAGUUAAUUACGGUCUUAACAAUCUUAUGAGAACUGCACCAUCUUCCCCCAAGCCACAAGCAAUCCAGCAAAUCCCCAAGAAAAAGCCCCAAGUAAGUCCUCAACCUCAGCCUGAAUCCCCUCUCAUCACCUUCGCUUCCCCUAGUCUUUCACAAGCCAAAACCCUCUUCAGUUCUCUCAUUUCCAACCCCAAGAAGACCACCCCUUCUCACCCUAGAGUAUUUAACUCAAUCCUUCAAUCAUUUUCUUCGAUCUCAACUCUCCAAGAUGCAAUCUUUUUCAUGAACCACAUGGUGAAGACCCACCCGCCCUUUUCUCCGGACAGGUCUACCUUCCAUAUCCUUCUAAUACAGGCUUGUAAAUCAUCGGACGAAUCUUUAUCCCCAGUGCACCAGAUACUCAAUUUGAUGAACACCAAUGGGUAUCCUCCUGAUAUGGUCUCCAUGGAUAUUGCUGCAAGGACCCUUUGCAUCUCUGGUCAUGAAGAGCAUGCCAUUGAUCUAGUGAAGGAUUUUUGUAGUAAGAACGUACUUCCUGAUUCCCAUACUUACAAUUUUCUCGUGAGGCAUUUGUGUAAGAAUAGAUCAGUGAGCGCCAUGAAUGGUUUUGUCCAAGAUAUGAAGGAGAAUUUCAGAAUAAAGCCCGAUCUAGUCACUUACACUAUAAUGAUAGAUAAUGUUUGUAAUAACAAGAAUAUCCGGGAGGCAACCCGGCUUUUGGGUGUUUUGAGUGAGGAAGGCUAUAAGCCAGAUUGCUAUGUUUACAACACAAUUAUGAAGGGUUAUUGCAUGUUAAGCUCUGGGGGUGAAGUGUUGGGUGUGUAUAAGAAGAUGUUGGAAGAAGGUGUGAAACCUGACCUUGUGACGUAUAAUACAUUGAUAUAUGGGCUCUCUAAGUCGGGCCGGGUCCAACAGGCCAAGAAGUUUUUGGGUGUAAUGGUUGGAAAUGGUCAUUUUCCAGAUGCUGUCACAUAUACUUCCUUGAUGAAUGGGAUGUGUAGGGAGGGGGAUGCCAAGGGAGCAUUGUCAUUGCUGGAGGAGAUGGAAGCAAAGGGAUGUGAACCUAAUUCUUGCACGUACAAUACAUUGCUUCAUGGGCUAUGCAAGGCUAGGUUGUUGGAAGAGGCCGUUGAAUUGUAUGGCAUGAUGAAACAGAAUGACAUCAUGCUUGAGUCAGGUGCGUAUGGGACAUUUGUUAGAUCUCUUUGCCGGAAUGGAAGGGUUGCAGAGGCUUAUGAAGUGUUUGACUACGCAGUGGAUAGUAAGAGUUUGAAUGACGUGAUGGCAUACACCACACUGGAGAGUACUUUGAAAUGGCUGAAAAAAGCCAGAGAACAAGGACUUGCUGCCUAGCCUAUGCAUCUGGACAAGGAAAUCCACGGAGCUUUGCCAGGGUAUCUAUAAACAAUUUGGAAACUUUGAAGGCUAUAAAAUGAGUAGGUAAAUAAAGCUGUGAAGUGUGCAUACUUGGAGAGUCAGUUUAGGACAACAAAUAUAGCAGUGGAGCCCCAAGAGAAGUGUAACAUGACAACAAAAUUCGUUGUAAUGUCAUCCACUCAUGCUGGAUGGAUAAGGGCUGAAGAGAUCCACUUAGAGCUGGAUUAGAAACAUUGAUGGGUUGACUAUUACGCCCUCCUGGGCGUGCAUCUUUAUAUCUUUCCACAUAAGGUGCCCAAAGAAAUUAGAGGAUAAACGACCCCUUGUGCGGGUGACUCCUGCAUGCCCACCAUGAGUGUUCUGUGGAAUUGAUGCAUCAUAUUUAGAGUUUGUUUCAGUAUAGGGCGGUUUUCCUGAAGUAAUACGGUUCUGGUUCUCCAGUUGGAUGUGUCUGUUUUGAUCACAAAUAUAAGUGAAAAAUCAAGCGUAUUUAAUACAGGUGCACGUGUGAGUUGUGACAACAGUCUUCAGAGUCAUUAUCGUUCAGGGAUGCCUUUAUCACUUUGGGAACCAAUCCAUCAAGUUCAUAAUGCCCAAUUUCACGGCUGGGAUUGGGAUCCUCUGCCCGACUAGGACGGUGCCUUGCGCAUCGGACGGUCGGGCAGUAGCAAAUCAGGCCUCGAGAUUAGCGAAAAAGUGGAGCCCAAGAUCUCCGACCGUUGAAUUGUUGAUCGGACGACCCGGAAGAAGCAAGACACCCUACCUUACUCUAAAGUAAGGUAGAGGCUCCGGAUCCUCACGGCUGAAUCAAUUACAUAACGUAAUCAUCCCUCUAUUGUGGGUGUUUCCAGUGGCAUGCCAAAACAUUUUCACCUUCUAGUGUGAGAUCCUCUUGGUUUCUGCAGAGAUUGUAUUUGGUUGGACCGUUGGGCUUAUCAGCCUGUUUGGUAAUCAGUUGUUACUUGUUAGUUGAUAGUGGUUGACGGGCUUUUAAUUAUUUUUUAUCCUACAUUUAAUUAUCUUAGAUUGUAUGAUGCAUUAUUGUGUUGUCGUGUUUUACAGAUUUUUUAAUACAGAGUGGUAUACUGGUAUGUAUUCGAAUUCAAUAGAUAUGAAUAUAG